CACGUAAUUACUACCCAGGUAUUGAGUAAGGUAGUCAAAUAUAUGGGCCACCCCCUUCCCAUUCUUUUCUUCUAUACACCAACAUACCAUCAGCAUCACCACAUCAGGUCCGACUUUGGCGCGCUCUAGACCAUCAUUCAGGACUUCGACUUGAUGUGUCUGCUAUAGACAGCCCCUGCAACCCUACCACCGCUACCAAGGCCAAUCGCUCACAAUGAACUGCCCAUCUCGCACCGACGACGACCCUCUCGAACACCCGGAAUGGAACCAGAAUCCGCCCUUCCUCGCCGCCGAUCUCACUACCCGUGAAGACCUGAACGGUGCCGUCAAUGCUCGCGCCCGUCGUCACGGAGGCAGGGGCGAUGCCUGCUUGGAAGGAAGUUCGGAGAAGAUGGACCAUCUGACCUAUCCCCAACUCGACCCGGACUCGCCCGGUGUUCGGCUUUCGGGACGAUGGGAACUUGACAGUUCCCAUCCCCCGGUCAAGGACGGGUUUGGUGGUGCAGACCAACCUCGUCCACACGCCAUGAUCCAUCAACAGCCUGCUCGAGCCUCUCGCUUGGCUGCAGUCUGGCGUUGGAUCUCCUGGACAGCCUCCGUCCUGGCGUGUUCCGCCCUUCUCUCCUACUUCCGUAUUCUGGGCGCCUUCUCCCCUUCGACCACUGUCAUCGCGCCCGCUUCCACCAUCAACGGCACAAGCACAAGCACAAGCACAAGCACAAGCACAAGCACAAGCACACACCAUGCUGGCCUGGAUAGCCCCACCCCCAUCACCCGCCUGGCCAGGCGCUCCACCUGCGGCUCCGGCGCCGUCGACCCGGCCGAGUACAACCUGUCCCUCCACGUCGGCGCCCUGUUCAUCAUGAUCGCCGUCUCCUUCCUCGCCUGCGCCUUCCCGCUCAUCGCCAAGCGCUUCCCCUUCCUCCGCGCUCCGCCCGCCUUCUUCUUCGCCGUCCGCCAUUUCGGCACAGGCGUCCUCAUCGCCACCGCCUUCGUCCACCUCCUCCCCACCGGCUUCAUCCUCCUCGGCGACCCCUGUCUCUCCAGCUUCUGGGUCGAUGACUACCCGGCCAUGCCCGGCGCCAUCGCCCUCGCCGCCGUCUUUCUCGUCUCCAUCAUCGAGAUGAUCUUCCAGCCCGCCCGCCAUUAUAUUCCUUCCCAGUCUGCCGCCGCCGCCGCCGGAGAUGCUGCUGCAGCCCCCGGUACUACUACCACCGUUGUAGCCCCAGCCCCAGCCCCAGCCCCGCCGAUCAAGGAGUCGAGUCGUCGUGUCGGAGCCUCCGAAAGCCUCGGCCGAACCCUCUCCCGUCUCAACCGCCACCCUUCCAUCACCUCACGGAACCAAGAUCCCGCCGUCACCGCCACCGCAGCAGCGAACGACUCGACCCCCACCCACAGCGCGCUCAAGGAAACAACCACCACCGACGAGGAGCGCCAAGACGUCGGCGCCCCCCACUCCUGCGGCGGGAGCUGCCACGCCUACCCAGGCUACAUCCUGACGCCGGCCCAGAAACACCAAAAGGCGAUCCUGCAAUGCGUGAUGCUGGAGGUCGGCAUCCUCUUCCACAGCAUCUUCAUCGGCAUGACCCUCGCCGUCUCGACGGGUUCCGGCUUCGUCGUCCUCCUGAUCGCCAUCGUCUUCCACCAGACCUUCGAGGGGCUCGCCCUGGGCUCCCGCAUCGCCGACAUUGCCUGGCACGACGGCGCCGUGCAGCCGUGGCUCAUGGCCCUGGCCUACGGCUGCACGACGCCCGUGGGCCAGGCCAUCGGCAUCGCCACCCAUGCGAUGUACGACCCGGAUUCGGAGUUCGGGCUCGUUCUCGUCGGGACUAUGAAUGCCAUCUCGUCCGGCUUGCUCGUCUUUGCUUCGCUUGUGGAGCUGCUGGCGGAGGAUUUCUUGAGCGACGAGAGCUGGCGGGUGCUGCGGGGGAAGAAGCGCGUUGUUGCUUGCUUGCUUGUAUUUUUGGGUGCUUUUGGUAUGAGCCUUGUGGGUGCCUGGGCUUGAACAGCGAGAGUAGCAUGACUCGUGAGAGUGUAGAGGUGCGAUAAUGUUGUUCCUCCGAGGGGGGGGAGGAGGAGGAGGAGGAGGAGGCGGAGGAGGCGGAGGAGGCGGUUUGCUUGGUGGAUUAGGGAGUCGAGUUGCAGUGAGGGAGAUGAGGUGUCAGGAGGUGGGGUGGUCUCCGACUUUUGAAUCCUUUCCGGUUCACGUUCCACAGGCCUGACGGAGGUUGUAUAGAGGGGGAUUAGGGGAGAUG